AUGAAAUUCAUUUUAAUUGGAAUUUUUUUGAUUUCUUUAUUGAUUUCAUCAGGAAAUGCAGAUUCAAUUAUUACAUCAAAAGGUUCUCAAAUUGAUUUAACUACUUUUACACUUCCAACAACAAACACAAGUUACUCUUAUACUGUCGCAUCAACCAAGAAUAUAUAUUAUUUUAAUGUUAUGGAUUUUGCAGUUCCAUGUAAUACUAAAACAGCAGAUAAAAACUCAUCAAUUUGUCAAUAUAUUCCAGGUGCAAAUCCACCAACUUCUGAAAAAUAUUAUUCAUUUGGAUCAUUUACCAAUUCAUCAGCAUCAGCACUUUCAAGUGGUUAUGGCGCACAAAUUUCAUACAGUUCUUUCACUAAUUGCGGUAAAAAUGGUUAUAGAACAACCUAUAUGAACCUUUUUUGCGCAAAACCUGAUACUCAAUUAGAAGUUACCAGUAUUGUUGAACCACAAUCUGAGGGUGGUGUUUCAUGUCAACUCACUAUUAAUAUCAAUAUUCCAUGUAAAUCAACUUUUAUUGGUGGCGGUUGGAUUUUCGUAAUUGUACUUUUAUCAGUUAUAGUUCUUUAUAUUAUAAUUGGUUCAAUUAUUAAUUGGAAAGUUAGACAUCAACAUGGUGCAGAAAUUUUCCCAAAUGUUCAUUUUUGGAGAAACUUUGGUGGUUUAAUAAAAGAUGGUGUAUUUUUUAUCAAAGGAAAAAUUACCGGUUCAAGUCAAACACCAGGUUACAGUCAAAUUUAA